CUUACGUUUUCUUCACUGAAGGGUUGGGAGCGUCAUCGUUGAGUUUGCGUUGACCGUUGCUCAAAAAAUCGGACAAAAAGACUUGGUCGACAAAUCAGAUCAACUGACCAGAACUGUGAAUGCAUCUCUGGAUCUGGAGAGUUCAGGUGUCAUCAAGUUAACCAUGCCUGCCAGCCCGGUGUGUUUCUCAGCGAAGCCCGUUCUUAGCUGUGAGUUACAGGAGCCCCUGGGCACACUGCCGGUCUGGCAGCUGAGCCGAGACCGGAGGGUGACGGAGAUUUUUAACGGCACCGAGGCCUUAGUGUCUACUGAACCGAAAGAAACCACCGUCAAACUCCUCAAAAUCUCUGAACUCUGGGAAGGCGUCUAUUCAUGUGCCUAUCAUCAGAAGAAGAACGACCUCACCAUUUCCCACCAAGCCAGCGCUCUGAUGGACCUCGCCCUCCUGCCAGACAUCCUCAUCAGAACCGAGCCGGGGUUCCCGAAAUGUGAUUCGCCGGAUGAAGCUCUGAGCGUGAAAGUGAUAUGUGAGAUCGAGAAAAACACGGAAAACUACACGGUGACGUGGGCCCACGAACACCUCUUCAAUGCGGUUCCUUCUGAAGAAACUAUCAAAACGUUUACAGCCGAUGCGACCGUCACCUGUACAAAAUCAGGGCUCCCUACAGUCACGUGCAACUUUAUUAACCGCUGCAAUGAAACUAGAUCAGCGAAAGUGAAUAUCAACAUCAUAUACGAAGAUGAUAAGUUCUGUCCGGCUGAAGGAGAUUGGGGCAACACCAAAGUUGGAUUCACCGGCAGAUUAAAAUGCAAAGGAGCGACUGGACACAGAACGAGGACAUGCACAAAGGGGUACUGA